AUGAUUACGACAUCAUCAUUUGCCGUGGCCAGAAUAUACCUUUGUUUUGGAGAAUGCCAUUGCGGACAUCGAGAAAGCAAUUGUGGAGGCCCUGGAAAAACAAUAUUCAGAUGUCUUGUUGCCGUAAAGGAAAAUUUGACACCCCGGAAAUUUGGCCUCAAAUAUGUACAGAAGCUUGCCAACGAUCUGUAUGCCCCUUAUGUGGUGCCUGAUGAGCUUGGUGUGCUGUUGAAUUCAAUGAAGAGGAUGCUUGAUGUCCUGCGGCCAAAGAUAGAAUCCCAAUUGAAAGCAUGGGGUCCAAAUUCAGAAAUUAUCUGCAAGCAGUUUGUUGAAAAGCUUGCAGAAAAUACAAGACUACAGAGUAGUACAAAGCUGAAGAAAAUUUUACAGGAUUCAAAGAUGGUGUAG